AUGAACUGGGUACUGCUCCUUCCGUUUUCUUUCAUCGUGUACUUUAUUGUUACAUGGUUAUUAAGAAAAAGGACAAUUGGCCAAAUUACAGGCCGGUACGUUUUCAUCACCGGAUGUGACACAGGCUUCGGACGUCACCUCGCCCUCCAAUUGGACAAAGUGGGUUUCCGAGUGGUAGCGGGCUGUCUCACGGAAAAAGGACAAUCCGAACUUCGGAAAGAAGCCUCCCGCCGAUUGGUUCCGGUUUCCUUGGACGUGACCAAUGAAACAAGCAUACUGGAAGCUCGCAAUUUCGUUGAAGGAUGUCUUCCUUCUGGCAAAGGUUUAUGGGCGGUGGUGAACAACGCUGGUGUGGCGGGUAAGAUAGGCCCAGCUGAGUGGAUGACCAGAGAGGAUUACGUCAGAACGCUGGACGUCAACCUGCUAGGAGUGAUAGAGAUGAGUCGCGUGUUCCUUCCGUUGUUACGGCGUGAGAGAGGCAGGCUAGUGAACAUGUCAAGCGCUAACGGAUCCGUCACUGUCCCCUUCUUCGUCCCGUACACCAUCUCCAAAUACGGCGUGGAGAUCUUCUCGGACAGUUUAAGGCCUGAAGCUCGCAAGUACGGCGUUAGUGUUCAUAUCAUCAAACCAGGAAUGUUUGACACGAACAUCCGCCAGGUGGAGCCUAUUGUUGAGGGGUUAAAAAGGUCAUUCGAGGGAUUGGCACCUGACGUACGAGCUUUUUACGGACGUGGUUUUCUUGCUGAAUUGCUAACAAAAGUGAAGUCAUCCCCUAAGGCCACGACGGACACAUCACCAGUUGUAAACGCGUACGUUCACGCGGUUACGUCACGACAUCCCCAGUACAGAUACCAUGUGGGUCUGGACGCUCAUACUUUUUGGCGUCUACUUGGCUGGCUGCCAGACAGUUUGUCCACGAUCUUGUACACCUGGGUAUUGCCAUCUCCACAGGGGGCCCUUCGUGUGUGACGUCACUCCAUGCGCCUAUCUUCCGGUUUUCAGAGGAUUGUUCUGUUGGCAGUCAUUUUGACUUUUCUGUACUUUGAAAUUGUGUU